AUGAGCAAAUGGUACAUGAUCACCACCAACCUCUUAUUUGCCUGCCUGGGUAUCGCAUUUAUGGCCUUUGGAUUACUAGGCUACAGAGAUAGCUUCAAGGGAGCAACAUUGUUUCCACAUAUCAUUUUUACACUCAUGGCUAUUCUUGGUGCAGUCAUUAUUGUCGCCGCCUUGUUCGGUAUCCUCGGUGCCUAUGUGAAGAAGAAGUCGCUUAUUCUGGUCUACAUGGCUAUUGUCCUGAUCGCUCUUGUCUAUCAAGUCGUGAUCGGAGUCAAAGUAUAUCAAAAGGCUUCCAACACUAUGCAAUACCUCUCCACUCUCUGGAGCUCUUCUAACGUUCACUACAGAACCCAUAUUCAGGAUCAGUUUUCUUGUUGUGGAUUCAAUAAUGUGAUGGACAACCCUGCAAUCACAGAUGUCUGCAAUCCACAGCACGGCAUUGCUUCAGCCCCUCCUCCCUGUUUUGAUGCCCUGACUAGCUAUGUGCAUACUUCGUUUAAACAGGUCUACCUCGUAGUGUUUGCCGCUCUGGCAAUUGAGAUCCUUGCCCUCUCCAAUGCCAUCACUCUCCUGUGCACCCAAGCAAUGGACCCCGAUGAUGAAGAGCGCAGACGCCGAAGAAAGUCUGGGAUCCGUUUAGACGAUCUCCAGUCUCCAGACACACUAACCGGUCCAAACAAUCAUUACUAUGAUGAGCCAAAACGAGAGAAUCGCAAACCAGAUACCAUCAAUGACAAUCGCUACGAUAGUUACGAUCAAUAUAAACAGAAACAAUCCAAUACCUACGGCGACAAGUACUAUUAA